CCAAAAUGGCGGCCGUCGCAAAAUUUAUUCAAAAAGUUAUUCUUUUUAAAAAUAUUAGUUUCCGUUAAGUUUCAUGUUUAUUUUAAGAUUAUAGCUGGGUAAAUGGAUUUCUGGAAGUUCUCGGAUCAAAAUUUUGAUGUUAAAGAAUGGGUGAAUUCAGCUUUGAAGACGCGAGACGACAAAACUCCUAUCGAUGCACAUGCAUCUACUUUAGUCAUGAAGUUACAGCUUUUUAUCCAGGAAGUCAACAAUGCCUUAGAGGAGACGAGUGUACAGAGCGUUAAUAGUAUUCCAAGGGUUAUGAGAGAGAUAGAGAAUUUGCGACAUGAAGCAUCGUUACUGAAGGAACAAAUGAAUAUGGUUAAAGAGGAUAUCAAGAAGGUGGAAGAGAACACAGCACAGUCCAUGAAGAUGCUGAUGGAGCUGGAUGCAGUCAAGUCACGGAUGCAAGCUGCUUCCCAGGGACUUCAGGAAGCAGAUAAUUGGACAACUUUAUCAGCAGACGUGGAAAAGGUCUUUGAUUCUGGUGACAUCAAGGCAAUAUCAGAGAAGCUCGUUGGCAUGCAUAAGAGUUUGACUGUUCUACAAGAUGUACCAGAUUAUGCAGAGAGAAGACGGCGACUAGAAGGAUUGAAAAAUAAACUGGAAGCCUUGUUGAGUCCAAAAAUUGUUGCAGCAUUCAACAAUCAUUCUCUAGAAGAAACAAAAGAGUAUGUGAAAAUCUUUUCUGACAUUGACAGACUUGACCAGCUACAAAACUAUUAUGUGAGAUGUCACAAGACAAAGCUACAAAAGACUUGGGUUGAGAUCCGUACAGAAGAUCCUAACAAGAUGAUGCUUGAUUGGUUGGCUACCUUCUAUGAUGUCAUCUUGUCAACCUGGUACACAGAGGUUAGUUGGUGUAGUCAGGUAUUUCCUGAGCCAGGGACAGUUUUAUGUGUGUUGUUGAUGCAGACCCUAACUCAUCUGGACCCAUCACUCCCUCAAUGCAUUGCUGAGUACAUCAGGGAUCAGCAGGAUGUCUUGCAGAGGUUGAUUGAUUUGAGACAGGUUACCAUUAGAUAUGGCCAAGGGUUAGAAAAAGCUCUAUUGCAGCAAGAAGGGAAGUGCAGUCCUAAUUCCAUAUCAGUGUUGGUUGAUGCAGUGUUUUCUCCGUACAUCCAGUACAUGUUGGACUACCCAAUGAUGCAACAGUCAUACCUUGUUGGCCAACUGGAAAACAUUUCACUGAGAUCUGAUGAAUUUCUAGAAAUGGCAGGUCGGAUGGCAAAGUCAGUUGAUAAAGUCUUUCGUUUAGUCGAUCAGGCUGUGGACUACUGUGUACAACUCACCGAUGGCUAUGCAGUUUGUGGGCUUUGUUUUGUGUUAGAGGAAUUUUUCAGCGAAUACACAGGCCGCCUUGAUGAAUGUAUUUCCAGCUUACGAAAACAAUGUUACUUGGAUCAGGACCUCACACCAGAUAUGAAAGAGUUCCAUGAAGAUUGGACUUUAUUCCAGAAUGCAUUCCGUAUUAUUCAAAUCUGUGGUGAUCUUCUCCUUCGACUCCGCACUCACGACAGAAACCUCUACGACAUCUUAAUGAUAUGUGGUAGAGAGAUAGGAGGCAAGGCGAGUGAUAGCGACACCUCUAGAUUUCCCACCAGACCCUUCAGGUGGUACAACUACCUCCAGAAAGAAAGACCUAAUGAUUUUAACACUCUUUUAGAGUUUAUACAAAAAUACCAGUCAGGUACUGCUAAGGAUUACGCUGUUUUACCAGUCGUCUUUGAACAAAUGCAGUCACUCAACGAACGAGCUCACAGACUUGCAUUUGAUGUCGCCUUUCUUCAAAUCAAGCAACAGUUGUCCCUUGUGCCAAAACUGGAGACUUGGGCAUCUGUUUCUGCCGAAUCAGGAUCAGCUCUCAGCAGUGAACUUCCAAAGUUUAGUUUAUCACCUCAAGGAUAUAUUACGCAUAUUGGAGAUCACUUACUUACCCUACCCCAACAAUUAGAACCAUUCAUUACAAAGGAGAACCCCGCCCUGGAGGCUGCCAUGAAGACUGGUAAACUCCCCUUCCCUGAUGAACAAGAAGAGAACAUCGACCCUGCUUCUCAUUGGCUGGGCUCCAUAGCUCGCGGAACGAUUCAUACCUACGUCGAGAACAUCUUACGAAUUCACGAACUCACUCCUUACUCUACGAAACAGUUGCUCGCUGAUAUAGAAUAUUUUUGUAAUGUGUUGGAAGCUCUUGAAGUGGAGCCCAGUGACUCACUCAAACAUAUCAUGAUGCUUUUGAAGGCCAGCCCUGAAGAAUUUCACGAAGUCGUGGUAGAAAACAAUAUUGAUGACAGAAUACAGAUGGUCAUCGCAGGAACCAGAAUGAUACACUAACGCACAUGCAAGCACUGUGUCAAUAACAAUAAAAUUCCAUCAGCAACUUCUUAAAUACUUAGCUCAGCUGAACGCUAGUAAAUGUUUUUUGCGACCGAGAUUAAACACGACACAAGAGAACACAAAUCAGUAUCUAGAAGGGGUAUUGUAGCCCCAGUAUUAUAUAAACAGAAAAUAUAAAAACUGAUAUAGAAUACUGAGAAAUCAAGACGCAGUCAGAUGUUUCCAGGAAGUAUUUGAAACCAGGAAAGCACAGUGGAUCGAGUUCUCAAAUAAUAAUUUGUAAGGAAAAAUAAAAUAACGAUGUUGAGGCCUGAUUAAGAGGUUGAAUGGACAAAAAAAAAAAAUUGAAAAAAAGUUAAAUCAGCAUGAAGCGGGAUUUGAUUUUAAGAGUUUGAAUGGAGAAAACAAAAUGUUAUAUCAGCAUGAGGCGGGAUUUCAAACAAGUCAACCAACAGAAAUUAAAAACAAAAAACAAAAAAAAAA